GGCCGGGCCCGCCUCCGCGGCUCCCCGACCUCCUCGGCCGGCGGCGCAGCGGAGCGGCGGAGUCCGAGCCGGAGCCGGAGCCGCGCGCCCAGCCCGCCCUCCCGCGCCGCCCUCCCUCCCUCCGUUCAUGGCGUUUAUCCGGAAGAAGCCGCGCGAGCAGCAGCUGCAGCUCUACUCCAAGGAGAGGAAAAUCAGAGGCUCCUUAAAAAUAUGUUCAAAAUCAGUUAUUUUUGAACCGGAUGCAAUAUCCCAGCCUAUCAUUAAGAUUCCUUUGAGAGAUUGUAUAAAAAUAGGAAAACAUGGAGAAAAUGGAGCCAAUAGACACUUCACAAAGGCGGUAUCCGGGGGGAUCUCACUCAUUUUCAGUCAGGUGUAUUUCAUUAAAGAACACAGCGUUGUGGCACCGUAUAGAAUAGAAAGGGGCACAAUGGAAUAUGUCUUCGAGUUGGAUGUUUCGGGGAAGGUGGAAGAUGUCGUGGAGACAUUGCUUCAGCUUCACAGAGCAUCCUGUCUGGACAAACUUGGGGACCAAACUGCUAUGAUAACAGCCAUUUUGCAGUCCCGUUUGGCUAGGACGUCAUUUGACAAAAACAGAUUGCAAAGUGUUUCUGAAAAGCUGCACAUGGAAUGCAAAGCAGAAAUGGUGACGCCUCUGGUGACGAAUCCUGGCCAUGUGUGUAUCACUGACACCAACCUGUACUUCCAGCCUCUCAAUGGGUACCCGAAACCCAUGGUCCAGAUAACGCUCCGCGACGUCCGCCGCAUUUACAAGAGGAGACACGGCCUCAUGCCUCUGGGCUUGGAAGUGUUCUGCACAGAAGAUGAUCUGUGUUCUGACAUCUACCUGAAGUUCUAUGAACGUCAAGACCGAGAUGACCUCUAUUUUUACAUUGCUACGUAUCUAGAGCACCACGUGGCGGAGCGCACGGCCGAGGGCUACACGCUGCAGUGGCAGCGCGGGCUGCUGUCCAACUACCAGUACCUGCUGCACCUCAACACGCUGGCCGACCGCAGCUGCAACGACCUCUCCCAGUACCCCGUGUUCCCCUGGGUCGUCGGCGACUACAGCAGCUCCGAGCUGGAUCUGUCAAAUCCAGGAACCUUCCGGGAUCUCAGCAAGCCAGUCGGGGCCCUCAACAAGGAACGUCUGGAGAGGCUUCUGACGCGCUACCGGGAGAUGCCGGAGCCCAAGUUCAUGUACGGCAGCCACUACUCCUCCCCGGGCUACGUGCUGUUUUAUCUGGUCAGGAUUGCACCAGAGUAUAUGCUGUGUCUGCAGAACGGAAGAUUCGACAACGCAGACAGAAUGUUCAACAGUAUUGCAGAAACUUGGAAAAACUGUUUGGAUGGUGCAACCGAUUUUAAAGAGCUGAUUCCGGAAUUCUAUGGUGAUGAUGUCAGCUUUUUAGUCAAUAGUCUGAAGCUGGAUUUGGGAAAGAGACAAGGAGGGCAGAUGGUUGAUGACGUAGAACUCCCCCCUUGGGCACGGAGUCCCGAGGACUUUCUCCAGAAGAGCAGGGACGCACUGGAAAGCGAUUACGUGUCAGAGCACCUGCACGAGUGGAUCGAUCUCGUGUUUGGCUGCAAGCAGAAGGGGAGGGACGCCGUCGGCGCCCACAAUGUGUUUCAUCCCCUGACCUACGAAGGAGGUGUCGACUUGAACAGCAUCGAGGAUCCUGAUGAGAAGGUCGCCAUGCUCACCCAGAUCUUGGAGUUCGGGCAGACACCAAAGCAGCUCUUUGUGACACCGCAUCCUCGAAGGAUCACCCCGAAGUGUAAAAGCUUGGCCCGGCCCUCCAGUUACAAUGCUGCCUCGGCAGAUUCUCCAGUCUCUCCAGGUGAAGAGUCUUUUGAAGACCUGACCGAAGAAAGCAGAACGCUGGCCUGGAGUAACAUCGCGCGACUGCGGCCCCACGAGCAGCACAAAAUCCACAAAGAGGCGGUCACCGGAAUAGCAGUCUCUCGCAGUGGCUCGUCUGUCUUUACAACCUCGCAAGAUUCCACCCUGAAGAUGUUUUCCAAAGAAUCCAAGAUGCUCCAAAGAAGUAUAUCAUUCUCAAAUAUGGCUUUAUCGUCGUGCUUACUUUUACCAGGAGACGCCACCGUCGUAAGCUCGUCGUGGGAUAACAAUGUCUAUUUUUAUUCCAUUGCGUUUGGAAGACGCCAAGACACAUUAAUGGGACAUGAUGAUGCUGUUAGUAAGAUCUGUUGGCAUGACAACAGGCUGUAUUCUGCGUCGUGGGACUCUACCGUGAAGGUGUGGUCCGGGGUUCCUGCAGAGAUGCCAGGCUCCAGGAGACACCAGUUUGACCUGCUGGCCGAGCUGGAGCACGAUGUCGGCGUCGAGACAAUCAGUUUAAACGCUGCAAGCACGCUGUUGGUUUCAGGCACCAAAGAAGGCACAGUGACCAUUUGGGACCUCACUGCAGCCGCCAUAUUGCACCAGAUUCCAUGUCACUCGGGGACUGUAUGUGAUACUGCCUUCAGCCCAGACGGUCGCCACGUCCUCAGCGCAGGAGAGGACGGCUGUCUACACGUCGUCGAUGUGCAGACGGGAAUGCUCAUCUCUUCUCUGACGUCGGACGAGCCCCAGAGGUGCUUUCUCUGGGAUGGAAAUUCUGUUUUAUCCGGGAGCCGGUCCGGUGAGCUGCUCGUCUGGGACCUCCUCGGGGGGAAGAUCAGGGAGAGAAUCCAGGGCCACACAGGUAAGCUGUCCGCCGCUGACCUGACUCCACCAAACCUGCUUUUCCCACCAGCGGACGUGCCCUUCUGCAGCGGCAAACUCCCCGUGUGUCCUCUGGGCCGUGGACGUUCCCCUCCAGAUCCCGGCUGGCCAGGCCAUCUGCAUCUCUUGGGUUGAGAGACACUGGACUCCAGAAUGGAAGUUUUUAAACUUCCACAUGGAGAAUUAGAAGCCAAGUAAAAGCCGUGUGUGCAUUUAAUACAUGCGCACGGUAGAAAGAGACAAUACAAAAGUAAGGGAAACGGUACAAAAGUAACGAAUUACAGUGGAAAUGAAGUCUCCCUCCCACAGACCCCCU